AUCACUUCCUUCUUCUCUACGGUUCAGUCUUGAAACGAUGAUGACCAUGACGGUGCUGCGCGUGAGUGUGCUGCUGGCUGCGCUCGUGCUGGUGACGGGAGAAGAGGGAGCCCGGCUGCUGGCCUCCAAAGCCCUGCUGAACCGCUAUGCUGUGGAGGGCCGGGACCUGACCCUGCAGUACAACAUAUACAACGUGGGCUCCAGCGCUGCCCUCGAUGUGGUGCUCUCUGACGAUUCCUUUCCUUCUGAAGACUUUGGAAUCGUCUCAGGAAUGCUGAACGUUAAAUGGGACCGAAUUGCACCAGCGAGCAAUGUUUCUCACACGGUGGUGCUGCGCCCCCUGAAGGCCGGCUACUUUAAUUUCACCUCCGCCUCUGUCAGCUACAAGGCCCAGGAAGGUGGAGAAGAAGUGGUGGGCUACACCAGUGCCCCUGGACAGGGGGGCAUUCUGGCUCAGAGGGAGUUUGACCGGCGUUUCUCCCCGCAUUAUCUGGACUGGGCUGCGUUCGGUGUGAUGACUCUGCCCUCCAUUGGAAUUCCUCUGCUCCUCUGGUACUCCAGCAAGAGGAAAUAUGACUCGCCAAAGGCCAAGAAGAAUUGAGGACCCGCUACUGGGACAGAAGUUUGGGGAGGGAACAGAGGCUUCGAGGGGCUUGAAGCUUCUGCAUUGUUGGGAGUAAAGUGGAAAUGCACAGCGACUAGAGAAAAUGAUUUGAUAAAACAAGCGGGGUGCAUAAGAGAAGUUUUGCUCUCUGGAGGAGGAAGUCAAAGAUAAAGGUGGGAGUUGGUGCUAAGAACUGACCAUUCCCUGAAAUUUAGCAAAUCGGUUCAUGAGUCAAAACUGUGGGAACUAUAGUUGCUGCUGUCUCAAGUGUAUGUGGUCACCUGAAUUCAGAUGUAAAAUUUAUAACUAGCUGAACUUUAAUUACAUAAAUUAAAGUACUUUUU